AUGCAUCCACACCAUGUUAUAUUGUUUAUGCUUGUUUUUCUCUUAUAUAAAAACAAUGUUGUAUUAUCAUCAAAUGCAUACUAUGCUAUUAGACCAUUUCAAGGGAUUCCACAUUAUGGAAGUAUUUUUAGUUAUCAUCCUCAUUCAUCAGCAUUUCGAUUCUAUGCAAAUUUUUCAUUUGAAAUCGAUGAUAAUACAACAGAUUUGUAUUAUUUUGAAGCAGGUCCAGUUGCUGUUGUAAAAAAUACAUAUUCAACAAUAUACAUGCCUAUACAAUGUGGAACUUCAUUUCAACGUUUACUUCUAUUAAAAUAUGAUAUAAAAAAGAAAAAUUAUAAACAAAGCCGAUGGCUUUUAAACAAUGGAGUAUUUCAUUUUCUUCAUUAUGAUCCACGUCGUCAACGUCUAUUUGGUUUACGCGAUGUCAGUACAUUUACACUUAUUAUUGAAGAAUUUAAUCUGAUGACAUUAGACGUUAUACGAGAAUAUACUCGACAAGAUGGAGAAAAAUAUGCAUUUCCUUAUGCAUGGUGUUCCGUAUUUGAUCCCGAUGAAAAUUGGAUUGUGCAAGUUCGAACACGAUUUGAAGGUGGUAGCAUCAAUGCAUAUUAUAUUAAAAUGGAUUUAAAUCUUGUUGGAAAGAAAAAAGAUAUUGUUACUGAAUUUUAUCUAUUGCCAAAAGUUUAUAAUCUUUGUACAAUGACUUAUGAUAUAAAGACAAAAGUUAUACUUGCAACAUGGCAACAUGGUUCAAUUGAUAAAGAUAUUGUUAUGAUCUAUAUGAAUCCUUACACAAGCAAGUUUCGAAAUGAGAUACUUCUUUUAAAAACACCAUCAGGAUUGGUUGUUGAAUCUAUCAAAGCCGUCUUUAACGAAUCCAACCGUCAAGUAUUGUUUAUGAUCAAACAAAGUAGUGCAGCAUUAACCGGAAAAACUUCUUGGUCAAUCAUUGUCGAUUUUGAUACAAUGAAAAUAAUACAAAAAAAACAAGCGACCUCAAUAUCAGCUUUUGAUUCAUGGGAAUUUUUUAAUACAUAA